AUGGGUAUUAUAGAAGAGGAAAAAACAGUUUCUCGGUUAAAAGAAAAAUUUGAAAGACUUGCAAUAGAACAAAGACAUAAUGGACAAUAUAGACCGUUAAGAGAACAAGAGAGGUGUAUAAAGACGUUACCUGCAUAUUAUCGAUCAUAUGAAAGGUCUAUAAAAUUGCCAGUUGAAGAAAAAUUGAAAUAUGAACGAUCAUAUAUAAAAGUAUCAAAUAAUGAUAAAAGAUCAGAAAUUAGAUCAUCAUCGUAUUUUGAGAGUUCAUUAAAAAGCCCUUAUCAUAUUGAAAAUAUAUUUGAUGAUCCUGAUAUUACAAUACCAGAUACAAAUCAAAAUUCGAUGAAUGCAGAUAUAUCUCCUGCUAAAAUUCCAUUAAUGUCAUUUAGUGAUACAGCAUCAUAUCAUAGCGAUAUUUUUAGGGAUGAUCCACACGUAGGUACUUCAUCAUUUAAAAAUAAUAUCAAUCAUGAUCCAGAUCUUACAACGCCAUCACGUUCUCCUACUAUACCUGUUAAAAUACAAUCUAAGAAGCAGAAAGAAUACCAUAAUGAUCCAUAUUUUGAUCAUUUUACGGUCGAACAUACCAACUCAUUUUUAUCCUCUAAAAUUGAUGAUUAUAUAUUUGAAAGUCAAAAUAUACUACCAGACAUCGCUAAUUCACCAUUUGAUGAUUCAAUUAGUUCUAGCUUUGAUAAUGUUUCUAUAAAAAAGCCAUUGCUUUCUCAUGAAUACAUGGAUCCUAUAAUUGAUGAUUUUUUUCAUAACGAUAAUAUAUCAAAUAUUGCACCAUCCGAAUUUUCUGAAGCAACUUUUAACAAAAUAUCAAAACAUGAUAAAAAUCUAGAUAUUAACGACAUAGAAAUCUCCAAUAAGCUAGGUGAAAGUCAAUCAAAACUAUCACGAUCAAUUUCUCCUUUUAAAAAUGCACCUUGUAUUCCACCAAAACCAAAUGAUAUUUUAAAAGCCCGUGCUAAUAAGCCUUUUAAUUUUACAGAAAAACCUUUAAAACCUAAGAAAGACAUUGUUGAUAGACACGAUUUAUUUAAAGGACAUAUGAAAUCAUAUAGCAUGUCAACUAGAUUGCCAGGAGGGGAGUCCUUUUCAUAUCCACCUGCAGAUUUUCGUUAUUCUUCAGUAUCCUUAACAGCUUCAUCUGUAAUUGAUGAAAGCAAAUCUGAUCUAGGGGAAAAAACUGUUAAGUGCUCUGAAAACCAGCCUACAACAGAUUAUCCUGACUCAUCACAAACAAACCGUCGGCAACCAAUAUUUAAAAACGGUCCUUUAGAAAUCCGUGGUCGUUCUGAAAUAAAACAUUUUCUUGUUUCGGGAGACUAUUUAUGUUCUUGUGGUACAAUUAUAAAAGUAUGGAACAUUAAAACUGGUGAACAUAUAUGGUCAUUACCGUGCACUGAUAUGAAAAUAACUAGCAUGUCUUUUGUACCUUGUCGAAAUGUAGAUGAGGAGGGGACUAGAAUAUGGCUAGGAACAAAAGAUGGGCAUAUUUUAGAAAUUAAUAUAUUUUAUCAAGGCUUUGUUGAUAAGCGAUUUGGUAUCCAUUCUCAUCCGAUUAUAUUCAUAUUAAGAUGCGGAUAUGAAUUAUGGACUCUUGAUGACAGUGGAAAAUUAUUAAUUUGGUCUGACGAUACACAUAAAAAUGGUUUGCAUCUUCAAAGUACUCCUCGCACAUAUAAAGUUGUAGCCAAAGCAUCUUUCUGUUUUGUUGUAAAAAACCAACUUUGGUUAGGGGUUUCUAGGUCGGUAUAUGUAUAUAAUCCUUUAGCAUAUCUAAAUAAACUUCCAUUUAUUGCGACCAAUCGACCAAUUGUACCACAUUUACCCGUGGGAGAAAUUUCAUGCGGCGCUUUCCUUCGAGACCAACCAGAUCUAGUUUAUUUAGGACAUCAGGAUGGGAAAAUUUCUGUUUAUUCUAGAACUUCUCUUACUUGCUUGGAUGUUAUUAAUGUUAGCCUUUAUAAUAUUGUAUCUUUGAUAGGCGUUGGUAAUUAUUUAUGGGCAGCAUUUAAAACAGGAAUGAUUUAUGUAUAUGAUCUUCAAUCUAAACCUAGAAAAGUAAUGAAAGGAUGGUGGGCUCAUAAAUUUCCAAUAUUAGAAUUGCAAUUAGAUACAACAAGUAUUUGGAAAGUUAAAAGAUGUCAAGUAGUAUCUUUGGCCUCUGAUAAUAUUAUUAGAAUAUGGGAUGGUUUAUUAAUGGAAGAUUGGCUAGAAAAUGAAAUGCAUAAACGAGAUGAGGAGUUUUGUAGAUUUCGAGAUAUAAACAUUACUGUUUGUACAUGGAAUGCAGGUGCUUCAAGACCUAACGAUUUAAAUUCUUCAACCGAUGAUUUUUCUUUUUUUGAAAAAGUUCUGCAAUCUCCAAAUCCUCCUGAGAUAAUAGUUUUCGGUUUCCAAGAACUUGUUGAUUUGGAAAAUAAACGCCUGACUGCAAAACAUUUAAUGAAAUUUAAUAAAAAAAAGGACCCUAAACAAUUUCAAGAACAUAUGUCUUGUCAAUACAGCGCAUGGAAAGAUCGAUUGAGUAAUGAAAUAAUAACUUAUCUGCAUUCUGAAUUUCAGUAUUCUCUUCUUCAUUCUGAAAACCUAGUCGGAUUAUUUACUUGCAUUUUUACUAAAACAUCAAUAAAACCAAAUAUUAAAAAACUGAACAGUGUUCAAGUAAAAACUGGUCUAGGAGGAUUACAUGGAAAUAAAGGGGCACUUGUUGUACGUUUUAUACUUGAUGAUACAUCUUUAUGUUUUAUUAAUUGUCAUCUUGCUGCAGGAAAAUCUCAAGUAGUAGAUAGAAACAACCAUUUAGCUACUAUUCUAGAAUCAUCAGAUUUCCCUCCAGAACUAGAUAAUUCUAAGAGAGCAGAUUUAUUUGUUGGGGGAGGAGAUGGAUCAAUGAUUUUGGAUCAUGAAAUUUGUAUACUAAAUGGAGAUUUAAAUUAUCGUAUAGAUAUGUGUCGUGACGCUAUUUUAGACCACAUUCGCUGCAAAGAUUACCAAUCUCUUUUUGAAAAAGAUCAACUUAUUUUACAAAGAAAAAGAAAUCCAGGAUUUCGAUUACGUCUUUUUAACGAAGCAGAAAUUAAUUUUCCUCCAACUUAUAAGUAUGAUAUAGGAACAGAUGAAUAUGAUACAAGUGAAAAAAAAAGAUCACCAGCUUGGUGUGAUCGUAUUUUUUAUAGAGGAGACAGUAGAAUGAAAUGCACUAGUUAUCGUCAAUUAAAUGUACGAAUUUCAGAUCACCGUCCUGUAGUAGCAACAUUUUCAAUAAAAGUAAAAACAGUAGAUCCUGUUAAAAAAAAAGAUAUCUGGAAAAUGGUUGCAAAUGAUUGGAUGAACACUGCUCAGAGUUUUCGGGAAUUAGCAAAACUUGAUUAUUUGGUUUCCGAAUGUGGCUUUGAAGAGAAAUUAGCAUUUAAAAUAUUAAAUAAUCAUAAUGGAGAGGUUUCUAAUGCUUUGACUGAACUUUUAAAUAGUACUUAUAAAUCAUAAAAAUAAUCUUUAAUAAUCAUACAUUUCAUUU